GACUGUGUAUUCCACCGCGCCAUGGCUGCGCGGCUGUUGUGAAGGCUGUGCAAGCUUCCGUGUGACAUAUAAAUUGGAUUUUCUUACGGAAUUAGGACGAUUAUGCAGUCAAAAUGACCACCGAGAGACCCGUAACAUCCCGGUUAUUUACCACGUCGGUCAUCGAAGGCCGCAUCGACCUAGAUGAGAAAUAUGAUAAAGCGUACAACACAGUGAUCAACUUAACCCGUGGCCUAACCGAAGAAGAGUCACAUCACGCAUUGAACAAAUCCUUAGAUGACCGCAAAGUUCACGACGAGCUCUGUCUGGGUCUACUAGUGAGCAUCCUUGCCGACCCAUCCAUAGCCUCAAGACACUACCAUGACCUGACUCUUGUGUCUCGUGAUUCACUAAAAGUGGUGACUGAGACGCUAAUACACCAGAUUAUUGGUGAGCGAUUUUCCCGGUUGUCAGAGAGCACAAGAAGACAGCUCUUGUGGCUGGUGCGAGAACUUGUCAAGACGGGCAUAAACAAUGUGGAGGGAGUUGUAUGGUGCCUCCUCAGACAAAUUGCCGGUGGGGACGUUUCACAGAAGAAUAUAUGGUUGGCUGAAAGUUUAGUAGAUAUACUAAGAGAAAAUAGACCAUGGCUAGACAAGUUCCCAGUGAUUGUCGCAUCAGUUUCCUACACAUACUUACGCAUCCUUGAAGAUCACCAUGCACCUCAGUUUGCAAGCCUUAGACAGAAGGAGGUUAAUUUUGUGGUGGGCCUCUUGAGAGAACGUUUUCAGGAUUGUUUAAUGAUUGGACGGGACUUGGUGCGGCUUCUUCAAAACAUUGCCAAGAUCCAGGAGAUUGAGGCCUUUUGGAGAGACAUGAUCCAUAACCCCACUUCUCUCUGUUCAAGUUUUACUGGAAUUCUCCAACUCCUUCAAACACGAACAUCAAGAAGAUUCUUUGUGGUGAGGCUAACCCCAGAAAUGGAAAAGAAGAUACUGUUCUUAUGUUCAGAUGUUAAAUUUGGUAUGCAGAAGAGAUACCAAGAAUGGUUCCAAAGACAGUACCUGAACACACCUGAGAGCCAGACGUUGAGAUGUGACCUCAUUCGUUUUAUUAUCGGCUGUAUCCACCCACCCAAUGAGGUUCUGUGUUCAGAUAUUAUUCCACGUUGGGCUGUGAUUGGGUGGCUUCUUUCUUCUUGUACAUCUCCUGUUGCAACUGCUAACUCUAAGCUGGCACUUUUUUAUGACUGGCUACUAUACAACACAGAGACAGACAACAUCAUGAAUAUUGAACCUGGCAUUCUCGUAAUGUACCACUCCAUGCGGCCACACCCAGUUCUUACCACCUCCCUCUUGGACUUCAUCUGCAGGAUAAUUCCAAAUUUCCAUCCUCCAUUGUUGGAUAAGGUUCGAUCUGGAGUACACAACUCUCUUAAACAAAUUCUUGAAAAGAGAGUAGUGCAGUCACUUGAUCCACUCUUUGACAACCGCCAUAUGGAUGCAGAAUUGCGGAAGCUCAUUCGUGAUACAUUCCCUGAAUUCUGUUCAAACUCUGGGCCUGGGGAUGUGAAACCUGAAGACUUUGUUGCCCCAGUAUCUUCUGCCUCUGUUACCAGAAUGGACCUCAUAGUUGAAACAGGUCUUGACUUUGGAACCUCACCAGUCAAUAAUGACAGUGAUGUAAAUAAUAGUAACCAUAUUGGUGAGGACGAUGCCAUGUUUAGUGAUGAGGAGGAGGAGCCACCGACCACAAAGGCUACUCCUCCACCUGCACCUCAUAAGGUUAAAGUGGAGGAAAUCUCAAAUACUGCCUCCACUCCAGUGACAGAAGUGGUGGAGGUGAAAACCAAAGUGAAUGAUGUGAGUAGUGUGGAGGAAAAAGUGGACCUGAGUAAACACUUAGACUAUCUGGAGAGUGAUAUGAAGACUAUACUGCUGGAUUUUCAAAAUGAAAAGGACACCAAACAAAGAUGUGACUUCCUACAAAAGUUAUGUGAUUUGAUAUUUAGUGAUGACCUACAUCAGGAGGAGGCACUCAACUUGGCAACUUGCCUCUGUCACCUUUUGGCUGAUGACUUAACACCGGGUACCUCUCUUCUGCCUCAGGAUAUUUCUGCCGAGAGUAUUCAAGAGAGCUUAGGGCGUCCUCUGUACGUCCUCUUUGACAACCUCAUCACCCUACCGGAGGACGAUCGCCGGAGACAACCUCUGCUACUACUUUUAGUGGAGAUGCACAAGAUCACCCUUCAUGUGGGCUACCACUUUUUAUAUUUUCUCAAGGCUUCUAACAUUAAGACAGAGAAAGUUCAAGAAAAUAAUGAGUGCUCCAUCCUUACCUACCGUGACUUGUGCAAGGCUGCAGGACAGAAGGAUUUUUCUGGUUUUAUCAUUAAGGAUUUGCGGCUGUGUAGUGAAGAUGACCCUCGAGUGUUAAGUUGGAUUAUUCCCGAUAUAUACAACAGUUUUCCCAAACAGACAAGGGGUAAUGCAGAACUAUUACAAUUGGUGUUAGAACGAUUAGAUUCAUCCCAACUACAUGAUUUGGUUUGCAUGGUACUCCAGGGGUCUUUGCAAAUGUUUGACAACAGCUCCUUCGCAGCGAUAUUGGAAAAGAGCUUGCAAUGGGAGACAGUAGAACAGCUAUUUCUUUGGCAACUUGCAAAAGCCCAUGAGAUUCCUGUGGAUUGUUGUUUGUCUGUGAUGCCCAAGCUCAAGUUUACCUCACAUUCUGCCACUGUAACCAACACUCAUGGAGAGGCUCUUUCCAACAUCCUAAUGAUGCUCCGGAGAGAAUCCCCAUCCGAAAUUCUUCUGAGAACGUUGCUUCUACGAGAGUUUAGAGUGGAGGAUCCAACGGUAGCCACCAUCUUGCAGUAUUGGGUGCAGCGAUAUGAGGAUAAGAUGGCCAAGCUCAUCAACGACGUAGUCAACAACAAACCACAGCCAUCACCAAAUAAACGUAAACGGAACACAACUACAAAAACCAGUGCAGUGCCAUUGGACCAAGUGUUGUCACACCUUAACCACUUGAGGACAGCUUGUGGUCAAAUAACAUUUUUUGCAUUAGAAACAAUGCAAGACGCUCUACAAACUGCUCAAAAUCAGUGCAGUGAAACUCAGAAGAAAAAAUAUUGUGACCUCUUUGCCCUCAUUGAGGAAGAAGAGGAAGAAGAACCAGCACCUGAACCUCAAAGAAAAACCAAGUCCAAUCGAGGCAGAAAACCAAAGGGUCGGAAAAAACAGGAAUCAGAAAGUGAAGAAGAGAGUAGUGAGGAAGAAGAUGUGAAGAAGCCAUCCAGAAAGCGGAAAAAAAAUAACCAGGUUGGGUCAGACAGCGACUAGCCAUGGCCACCAUGGUUUUAGCUGAAAUCAGUAUAGGACUGAUUAAAGUCCUAACAGGACCAGCAAAGUUGAUGCAGGACUGGCUAAGUCACUGUGAUAUUGGCUCAGUCAUCGGCUAAGUCACUGUGGUACUGACUUAAGUUACUGUGCACUGCCAAGUCAUUGUGGCAUUGGCCAAAACACUUUGAUACUGACUCAGUGACUUUUUGUACUAGUAAGUCACUAUAUUACUGGCUAAAUUGCUGGUGCUGGUCAAGUCACUGUUGUCCUGGCUGAAGCAUUAUGGUACUGGCCAUGUCACUGUGGUACUGGCUAAGUUUCUAGCACUGGCCAAAUUACUGUGGGACUGGCCAUGUCAUUGGUACUGACUGAGUCAUUGUGGUACUGGUUAAGUCACUGUGGUACUAGCUAAGUCACUGGUAUAUACUAAGUCACUGUGUUACUGGCCAUGUCACUGGUACUGACCAAGUCACUGUGAUACUGGCUAAGGCACUGACAUUGGCUGAGUCACUGUGGUACUGGCCAUGUCACUGGUACUGACAGAGUCACUGGUACUGGCUUAAGUCACUGGUACUGGCUAAGUCACUGUGGUAAGAGCUAAGGUCAUUACGGGACUAAAGCCUCCGGGAACAAAACCCAGCACUCUUCAUCUGUGAUGUGAUAUAGUGGUAGCCUUAAUUUUCUUUUAAUUUUGUUUUCUUUUUACAAUGCGUCAAGUGAGAGGCGAUGCAUUAAUUUCUUCGUUGAGAGACUCAUUUGUUGUCUCCAGUGUUAAUUUCCCCUUAACUGAGCUGUGGACUCCGGAAAACUUUCCUCAGGCAAAGUAGACAGAUUUUAAGGAUAUUGUUAAACAAUUUCCUCAUGAAUGUACUCUAGUUUGUGAGACAGUAUCGGCAUGUGUGUGUGAUGAAUGA